AUGAUGCACAAAAAGCUGCCCAUGACAUCAAGAACACACACUUCUACUCCACAAGGUGAAUUUGGUGAAAUUUUUGAUAGACAUUAUAUACCUCAAUCUCCGACUCUCCCAGAUCUUUCAAGCCCAAGAUCCCUAAAACUAGCAAUCACUCCUAUCGCAUUAAAAACAAAAAUGAUGGCAGACAUUGCUAAUGCUAAAUUAAACCGUGAACGAAUCAAAUCAGACAAAAUUAUCGACGGAGAGAGAAGCCCAUCAUAUAAAAAUAAAGGAAAUCGUGAAGAAAUGGCUGAUUUAAUGGAAACUCUGGGGUUUUUAAAAAGCACCAAAGCUAUGAAACUGCCUACAUCUAUUGAUAAAUUGAAAGAAGUUGUAAGUGAUAAUAUUAAAAUUUAUGAAACCGAAGAAACAGAUAGAUUGGAAUUAGGGCGGCCAGUGAGAAGAAGAGAUGUCCAUGCUCUAGCUGACUGGCUAGAUAUGAUGCUUAAACAAGUUUUGUCAGAGCAAAAUGAGGAUAUUGAGCAACUUUUUGAAGGAGCGCUUUUGAUUUAUAAUGUAUGCUUUCAUGAAAUUGUAAGACAAGUAAGUGUGCAAUGUGUCGAAAGAGGAGAGCUAAUAAAUAGAGUCUGAAAAGCCUAUCUAGGAAUACUUGAAAGAGCUUUAAGAAUUGUAAAUGUAAAACUUUUAAUGCAAUCCCAAGAAUUUUUACAUGAAAAAGAAGAAAUAAAUGCCCGACAUUUAGUUGAAAAAACCAGGAUUUUAAAAGAAAAGGAUAAACUUUAUAUUGAAAACGAAAAAUUAUUAAGGCUUAUAAAAAUUAAAGGGGAUGAAUCAGAUAAAAUGACAAGAAGAGAAGAGAAAAUCAUUAGAAAGCUAGAAAUACUGCAAAAGCAGUAUGAAAAUGCAAAAAAAGAAAUUUUAUAUUUAAAAGAAGAUAAUAGAGUUUUGGAAGCAAAAUUAAAUAAUACAGAUGUCGAUUUCAUUGAAAAACCAGAUGGGGUGAUUGAGAUGAGACCUAAAAAAGUUUUGAAAAUCAGAAGAAAAAAAGCAGAUGAUAUUGAUGAAAUUUUAAGAAGAGACCCUUUGGUUAGCAAGGUUAGCUUAGUUGAAUUUGGAGAGACUGAAAAAAUUAUUGAAAGCAUAGAAAAAAAUCACGAUUUUGAAGCUGAGCUGUUUUCAAGGCCAGAUUUCAGAGAUCAAGAAAUAGACGCCCCUGUCAUUUUAGUAAAUGAAGCUGAGCAGCAAACUGAUGUAGUUGACUUAUGUGGAGAAUCAAUAGGAGAAAAAUAUAUAAAACUAGCAGCUCCUCAUAAAGAAGAAAGAAAAGCAUCAAACUUCAAACUUGUAGACUUAAUUGCCCAACAAAGGCACGUAAUUUAUGAAGAAGAUGAGGAAGAAGAGGAAAGUGAUGACGAUAUGCUCUCGCAGCUUGAAAAACAAGGCAAAAUUUCAGAAGAGCAAAAAGAAUUCGUUUUGACUUUUCAAGACAAAAUUGACCAAGUAAAUAGCUUAAUCAUCAAGAUGCGAGAAAAUUUUAUCGCAAAUACCCAAGACAGCACUCUAGCUCAAUCUUUACUUAAAUCAAUUUCAAAAGCAAUUACAAAAGGACAUGAACAAUUAGAUGCCCAAAUUGCUCCAAAACCAGUUGAAGCCCAAACAGAGCCGAUAAGAAGAAGAGGUCGGCUCUAUACAACUAUUCAAAAGGUUAGGGCAAUCAAAAAACUUUCAGCACAAAAUAAUGUGGCUCGGCAAAUUACGUAUAAAGUUCUUAAUACUCCAGUGUACAAGCUAAAAAGAAUUAUGAUUAAGAAAAUGCUCCUUAGAUUUAUAACACAAUUUUAUGAUGUAGCAGUUAUGAAGAAAAUAGACCCUGAAACGAAAACUAUACAUAUGCCGGAUAUUGUGAUUGACGCUUUUAAUCAUAAAUAUGGGAUGCCAAAAGUGGUGGAAACUAAAUAUCAGCAGCUUUUGUCGUCUUGUAUCAAAUAUAAAUCCAUAAAACGAAUUUAUAUUAUUUAUAGAGGUUUAUGAAGCGAGUUAGUGUUUUUCAACUAAUUUUCUACAAUAAAUAAAUAUGCUUACUUACUAUUAAAAAAUCUAGUAUAAUGAAUUGGCAUAUAUUUUUGGUAGAUUUUUGAGAUUAUAUGAUGAUUUAACUGAUGACGACUUAAUGAUUUAUGCAGACUGUCUCAACUUUAUGAGGGCUGGAGUAUAUAAAGAUAUACAAGCUGACUGAGCAGAAAACUUAUAUAUUCCAUAUGAAAAAGCUGUAGAGUACCAUAAGACAUUUUGAAAUAAACUCAGCCUAGAAGAAAAUGACGGGCUGAAAAAAGAUAUUGAAAAAAUAAGGCAGCCUGACAAACAAGCAUAUGUAGAUUUUGAUGCUUACUAUGAACAAAUUAUAGACAGGAUAGAAAAAAAGAGGGAGGUUAGAAUGAAUUUUAUUAAAUGCAUAUAUGAAGCUGCAGAUUUUAAUGGUGAUGGAUUUUUAGAGUAUACCGAGUUUCAGCUGCUUGUCAGGCAUAUUUCGGCUACUAACAUGACAGAUAAACACUCUCUAGAUUUAUUUAAUAGAUUUUCAGAGCUAUUCACAGGAGAACAGGAAGAAGAGGUAAAAGCCUUAUCAUUUGACAAUUUUUCACAUUUAACAUUGGCUCACCAAGUUUUUACUAUAGAAAGCCUCAAUAAGUUUGCAAAGAUUUUCCAUGAAAAAGGAUCACUUGGGCACCUUCAAGAAUUAUCAAGCCAUAUAGAUGAAAAAAUUGAAGAAUUUAGAUGAAGACUGUCUAAGCGCCCAGAUUGAAGCCAAACAUGUGAAGAAUAUGAAAAAGUUCUUAUGAAUUUAGCAAAAAAAGUUAAAAACCCUACAGUUUCUGACUCAGUAUGGGUUGGAUAUCGAUUGAUGGAUGAAGAAUCGAAAUUUAUUUGCAUACAGAGUAUGUUGUCCACACUUUUGCCUAAAUGUAGUGCACUUAUGUAUAGAUUAAAAUAA